GCCGUCGGCCUGCCAACGUAGCGUGGACAUGGCGGGCUCGGAGCUGCGGGCGGCGCUAGAGCAGAGGCUUGGCGCCCUCGCCAUCCGCACGGAGGUCGUAGAGCAUCCCGAGGUGUUUACCAUCGAAGAAAUGAUGCCUCAUAUUCAGCAUCUGAAAGGAGCACAUAGUAAGAACUUAUUUCUUAAAGACAAAAAGAAGAAAAAGUAUUGGCUGGUGACAGUUCUUCAUGAUAGACAGAUUAAUUUAAACGAUCUUGGCAAGCAGUUAGGAGUUGGAAGUGGAAAUCUUCGGUUUGCUGAUGAGAAAGCCAUGCUAGAAAAACUGAAAGUUGGUCAAGGCUGUGCCACACCUUUGGCACUCUUCUGUGAUGAUGGAGAUGUUAAGUUUGUUUUGGAUUCAGCUUUUCUGGAAGGUGGCCAUGAAAAAGUGUACUUUCAUCCAAUGACUAAUGCUGCAACCAUGGGUUUGAGUCCUGAAGAUUUUCUUGCAUUUGUGAAGGCUACAGGACAUGACCCCAUAAUUCUAAACUUUGACUGAAGACUGAUUGGGAGCUGGGCAUGGUGGCAUAUGCCUUUAGUCUAGCACUCUAGGCAGAACAGGCUGUUCUGAGCUUUAGGCCGGCCAAGGACCACAUAGUCACAUCCUGUGUCAAACAAAAGCCAGUUGGACUAAUGCUCAUAAUAAACAUUUUUGACAGCUGUU